ACGUCUGAGUACGUCAUCCAGGCCUUCAAGUUCGGGGCCUUCCACAAAGUGCCGGAGCUUGUGGCCUUCCGUCAGCGGCUGGAGAACUCCCUUCACUUCGCCACGGUGCAGACGGAGAGAGCCCUGCUGCAGAUCUUCCUGGAGGGAGACACGCUUGUGUCCGAGCUGUCCUGUCGCCAACGCUCUGUGCACGAGGAGCGACUUUGGCUGCGGCUGCGUUCUCUGCUGCUCCGCUCCAUCGCCGCCAUCGCAGCCUUCUGCCAGCCCCUCGCCGCUGCCCAGCAGCAGCAACUUGAAGAAAGUCUCCAGCACCACCAGCAGCAGCAGCAGCAGCAGGAACUUGAAGAAAGUCUCCAGCACCACCACCAGCAGCAGCAGGAACUUGAAGAAAGUCUCCAGCACCACCACCAGCAGCAGCAGCAGCAGGAACUUGAAGAAAGUCUCCAGCACCACCACCAGCAGCAGCAGCAGCAGGAACUUGAAGAAAGUCUCCAGCAGCUGCAUUGCCGCCAGCAGCAGCAGCAGCUGACUGGGGUGGUGACCAACUCAGACUCGCUGGUGGAGGUGAGCGCCCCUCCCCCCUCCCGCCUGCACGCGUUGGUGCGGAGUGGCAGCCUCAGCUGCAUCCUGAGCAGCCUGGCGCUCGCUCACGACCUGCAGCGCCUGCACGCGGCCGGCACAGACCCUUCUGCUGAGCUCCAGGAGGCAGUCUGUGACAAGUUCGCCUUGGUGGUUCCGCUACUCAGAGAGGUGCUGGCACGGUGCAGGGGCUCUGUGCUCUCUUCCUCCCCCUCACUGGGGCUGAGCGUCGCCCCUCAGCUGCUGGAGCACCUGGUACUCUUCAUGGAGACUGCUGCUGUGGUGAGCUUCGUGGCUGGUGUGGCUUGCCGUGCCCUACGCCCCACCAGGUCCCAGCUGCAGAAGCGGCGCAGGAAGAAGGGGGGUGGAGGGGCAGGGACGGGGACGCCCCCCACGCUGGAGAGCUUCGCCGUGUUCACGGCAGCGCUCCGUGAGACGCUCACCGACGCGGUGAGCGACGUGGAGAGCAAAGCUCAGCACGUGGCAACACUGCCCUACCACAGCCUCAUCACUCACCACUCACAGGGUGGUGAGCAGGCUGGUGAGCAGGCUGGUGAGCAGGCUGGUGAGCAGGCUGGUGAGCGUGCGGUGUGGGAGAAAGUGCAGAGAAGCUACCAGCGCUCGCUGCAGGAGAUCGAGGAAGCUCUCAAACGUCGCCUCGAGUCCACACUCACCACACUCAAACUCUGACGCUCACCACUCACCACUCACUCACCACUCACUCACCACACUCAAACUCUGACGCUCACCACUCACACUCACCACUCACU